AUGUUAAAGCAAACCAUCAACAAAUGGAGCCAGGCUUCAGAGAGUUUUAAAAAUGGUGAUUGUAACAGCGCAUUGAAUGCUUUGAAAUCGGUCGAUCCAACAUCCAAGAUUCAAUACAAUAUAGGUAUCAUCUACUGUAAGAUGGGCAAUUAUAGAGAGGCGAUCGACCAUUUUACAAAGUCGACAGAGUUGGACAAGUUUAUGGCAAUUUCAUUUUUCAUGAGAGGUGUUUGCUAUCAGCAAUGCGACGAUCGCAAUCACUCGAUAGUCGACUACGAUGAAGCCAUUUCGAAACUGCGCGGUCACGAAUAUAUAGAUUAUACACAGUUGGGACUGAACUUUAGAUUGAUGCUUGCAGAGAUUCUCUUUAAUAAAUCAAUGUCACUAGGUGCUGCAGGUGGUUCCGUUGCUGGCCUGGCGCAGCAAUGCGGAACGUUGCCAGCGGAUCCAGCGUUCCGAGAGCAACUAAAGAAGCUGAUGGAAGGUCAACAAGUAAAGAUUAGAACUGCACCAUUGGAUCAGCUGUUCCGUCCACCGAAAGUAUCGGAUCAGGCUCCACCCAAAUUGAAAACAGAUCAACUUUCAACGCCAACAUAUUCCUCAUCUGCACCAACUUCACCAUCACCUUUACUCGCUCGAGUCGAACAACAACAACAACAACAGCAAUCAUCGAGUGCAUCAACUUCAUCAGCGGCACCUUCACCACCAAGAUCAAAGCCAUUACCAGCACCCAAACCCUCAUUGUCAUCGUCAGCACCAUCACUUCCAACAUACAAAUCGAACUCCUCAUCAGCACCACCACCACCAGCACCUCCUCUUCCAGGCACAACUAAACGUUUGCCGUCGCGUCCAAUCUCCAUGGCAGUCAAAGAACCAUUAAUCACAAUCAAAUGUUUUUAUCAGGAUCGUCGGCUAAUCCAAAUCACAGAGAGUUGUACACUCCAACAACUCAACGAGAAGAUCGAAAUGAAAUUCCAAGAGUCUGGAUUGGCAAUCAGAUUUAAAUCGUCAGCCUCUGACUUUAGUUAUAUUAAAUACCAAAAGGACUUGGAGCACGCAUUGAAAAUCGAAGUCACAGAGCUCUAUCUUUCACGCGAUGGCCAGAAGAACAACUUUGAAGCGGAUGCAGCUCUACCCGCUAAACUCAGAGGUAGCUACCUCGAGGACAGCGAAGAGCCAGUAGUACAACAACAACCAACAACCUAUAAAUCGAAUACACUAAAGAGAAAUUUUGCGCCACAAUCAUCUGCACCAGCACCAGCACCACCACUUCCAACAUCGACCAAACCACCCUCAAUAUAUUCAUCAUCACCAACCUCUGCGCCAUUACCACUCAAUCGAUCCGGUGUAAGACCAACGCCCAUUAUUCCACCGAGACCAAGCGGAUCGACCACUCCACCAAUUCCAACGUCACUAAAACCAUCAUCUGCCUUUGUAAAUAGACAACAACAACAAUAUUCAAAUUAA